UGUCUGAAUUUGAUAUUCAAUACGACCGUUUUUCCCAAUAUAUAAAACCGUACUCCAUGAGUCUCCAAUACUCCAUACGUCGUCGUUACUACUUACUAUACAAGUUGCUAUCCUACACGAUACUUCUCAAUUUUUUUUUUAUAGUUUGUGUUCAUUGAAUAUUAAUAAAUCCGUCAACCGUCUUGCUUGAAUACCAUAGGUAUCCACGUUACGUGAUAUUUUGAAAAUCAUUUCGUUGUUAAUGGCAUUGACGUUGGUAGAUUUAGAGCGCUCGUAGAAUCUAGCUAACUACGAUUCGUUUUCCACUUCGCCGCACAUGACGCGUCAUAUUUUAUAGAUUACCGUAUCGUUACAGACUUAAACAUUUUAAAAACAAUGGCACUACUUGUUAAAGACGACGUAGGUAACGUCCAUUUGUUGAACGAUUCGUGGAAGCUAUGGUAUUGGAGAUUCAGCGGAACAGCAGUUCCAGAUGUCAAUUGGACGGAUAACUUGCACGGAUUGUGUGAAUUUGACAGUGUUGAAAAAUUUUGGAGUAUUUUUAAUCAUAUUAAAAUACCUAGUAUGUUAACAACUGGCUGUGAUUACUCUGUAUUUAAAUCGGAUAUAAAACCUAUGUGGGAAGACCCAACAAACAAAAAUGGUGGACGUUGGUUAAUAAAGGAUAGUGGACUAUUAGAUCAGUACUGGAUGGAUAUUUUGUUGAGUAUGAUUGGUGGAAUGUAUGAACCGUACAAUGAUAAUAUUUGCGGUAUUGUCUAUAAUAGGCGUCAAUACAGUAAAAUAUCUGUUUGGAUUUCUUCAUGUGACACAGAUAUUGUUAACGAUAUUGGCUCAAAACUUAAGCAAUACCUCGAUACUAAAGAAAAGUUGAAAUUUGAAAAACACAGUGAAUUUUUAAAGAGAAAAAUGAAUUCCCACAAAAAAUUUGUUUAGGCCAAAUG